AACGGGGCGGGCGGAGGCAUCAUAGGCGGCGGCGGCGGCUCGCGCUCCUGGUUUGCCAGUCCGUCAGUCGGAGCUGGGCGCUCGCGAAGGGAGGAGCUGCUGUGAGGCCCGAAAGCGAGCGCCUCCUCCCGACCUCCCCCCCGCCUCCGCCCUGCCGAGCCCCGAGGAUGAUAAACACCCAGGACAGUAGUAUUUUGCCUUUGAGUAACUGCCCCCAACUACAGUGCUGCAGGCACAUUGUCCCAGGGCCUCUGUGGUGCUCCGAUGCCCCUCACCCACUGUCGAAGAUCCCCGGUGGGCGAGGGGUUGGCAGGGAUCCUUCUCUCUCAGCUUUGAUAUAUAAGGAUGAGAAGCUCACUGUUAACCAAGAUCUUCCAGUGCACGAUGGGAAACCACACAUUGUCCACUUCCAGUACAAAGUUACGGAAGUAAAGGUCUCCUCCUGGGAUGCAGUGCUAUCCAAUCAGAGUCUUUUUGUGGAAAUCCCUGAUGGUGUAUUAGCUGAUGGGAGUAAAGAAGGAUUAUUAGCACUGUUGGAAUUUGCUGAAGAAAAAAUGAAAGCAACUUAUGUCUUUAUUUGCUUCCGAAAAAGCAGAGAAGACAGAGCUGCGUUACUGAAGACGUUCAGUUUUUUGGGCUUUGAAAUAGUGAGGCCUGGCCAUCCCUGUGUCCCAUCACGACCAGAUGUGUUGUUCAUGGUAUACCCCCUGGAUCAGGUCUCUUCUGAUGAUGAUUAGACCCAGUGCAGCACUUCAGUGGGACCCGAACAUGCUUCAAAGACGAGAGGGGGCUAAAACUCCUCUUCGGAGGAAAGGAAAAAGAAAAUUCUUCUGGACUGAAACUGCUUUUCUUAUUGUUAGAGUGACCUGUAUAUCUUCUGAGUUGACUUUUCCAUUGAAAUGUGUUACCUAGUGAAUAAUAUAAAGUCUGCACAUGUAAUCGCACAAUAGUAAAUGGAAGGUAAAUGGAGCCCUUUCAUACAGCUCUGUUGUCUGCUGGUUAGCCCUAGUGGACAGACAUCCUGUCCAGCCACCCAAUGGGCAAGGAGCUCAGAGGUGAAGAGGGACACAGAUCUGACUUGUUAAAUUAGCGUUGGGCUUUUCUGUUCAUUUGGUUAUUUGGCUUUCAUUUUAAAUAACUGUAUACUUUUAUGUUCACUCAGACUUAAGCGGGAGGCAUGCUUUGGGCAUAGGGAUGUGAGGAACAUUAACACUGUUAGCAAAGCCUAGGUGGUGGUACCCCCUGGAGUAACCAACACUCUGGGUUCCUGAGAAGCUUUGUCCUCUUUCUAGCCUUUUUAUUAGGUUAGUAUUAACACUGCAUUAGUACAGCUUUCAAUAAAAAGGGGCAUUCAAAAAACAUGCGAAGCUGACCCUGAUUUUUAGAGAAAGAACUGCAUAAGCACCCCUUUCCCAGAAUUGUGAUAGUUCUGUUUUUCAGCAGUGGAAGUGGAUAUAAAACUGAGUGGAGAUUUUGAAUAAAUGGGUGAAACUUAUAAUUAGAGGAUAAAGCAACAAGUACUCAAAUCUAGCCUCCCCAGCUUGUGAUGGGAAAAUUUUAUGCUGGCAGCUCUGACUUGAUGCCCUUGCAGCCAGCCUUUCUUGAGAAACCUAGGAAUGGAUUGCAGUAUGCUUAUAAACAAAGCAAUCCUAUGCUUUCCCACUAAUAAUUAAGCACUACUGCAUGCAUUAGUGCUUAAUGCUGAAUAAACUACUAGGAAAUUUUUCUGAAAACUAUUUGGUGCUUGAAGCUUCAUCUCAUCCUUCCCUUAAUGGCUUUCUUUUGUAGAAUCGAAGACGACUAUCCUGCUUAUGUUUUCUUAAACAGCCAGUUCCUUCAAGCUUCAUUUAUAACAUACGAUUCAAACACUUUCCUUGUCUGUUUAACUGAUGUCAAUGUGAAACAAUGGUAUCCAAAUUUGCUUAUUCUGGUUUUUGCUAAGAUGACUCAACUGUUACAAAAAAGCAAAAAUAUAGACAGUCUAGGAGGGAAUACAUGUGCAAUAUGCUUUUUUUGUAGCUAGGUAUCUAUUUAGUCUUCAUAGGUGGAGUUCUGCAGAAUCCUAUGGGGUCUUACCCCAGAAGUGGCCAGUAUGUUUCUCACCUAGGUAAGGGGCUACUGCUUGAAAUGGGAAGUAAUUAAAUUGGGGUUCUGGAGAGGAACGUAUGGGAAUAAACUUAAGUUGUCUCCUCCCA